CCCGUGUGUGAUGCAGAGGCGAUGCCGAGCGGGUGGAGCUCUUGCCGCGCUCCCGCGUCCUCGGCAAACGCACACCCACUAAGCUUGAGGGCUGAAGCUGAGCCAGGGCGGAUAUCCUAGCUAGCACGUCGUCGCAGAGACCAACACAACACCCGCUUGCCGCCAGCAUGCAGGAGUUCCAGUCCAUCCCGGGCCUGGCGGGGCGGCUGUUCGGCGGGGCCGCGGCGGCGGACCUCCGGCGCGCGCAGGCGCAGCAGGGCCCCGGGGCGCGGUGCGGCGGCGGGGUGUCGCCGGCGGCCGAGGCGGUCAAGUGCCCGCGGUGCGAGUCCACCAACACCAAGUUCUGCUACUACAACAACUACAACCUGUCGCAGCCGCGCCACUUCUGCAAGAGCUGCCGCCGGUACUGGACCAAGGGCGGCGUCCUCCGCAACGUCCCCGUCGGCGGCGGCUGCCGCAAGGCCAAGCGCUCGUCGUCGUCGUCGUCCUCGUCCGCCUCCUCCAGGCCGUCCACCCCCACGUCGGCCGCGGACGCCAAGAACCCGCGCCGCGCCUCGGCGUCCUCGCCGCGCUCCAACAGCGGCAGCGGCAGCGCCAGCCCCACGGCCGCCGCGACGCCGGCCCCGACACCGACCCCGACCACGCCGUCGUCCAACAACGCCGCCUCCCUCACGAGCCACCACGCGAACCCCUUCUCGACGGUCGACGUGGCGCCGCCGGCGCCGAUAUUCGCCGACCAGGCUGCCGCGCUGGCGUCCCUCUUCGCGCCGCCCCCGCUCCCGGUGUUCACCUUCGCGGCGCAGCCCAAGGAGGAAUCGGCGGCCGCCUCGGCGAUGCAGCUAGCGGGACAGGCGGCGCCGUCGGAGGCGCCCUCCUUGGCCGCCGCCGACAUGGGGGCGUUCGCGUCCCUGGACGCGUCCGGGAUGUUCGACCUCGGCGACGCGUCGGCGGCGGCGUACUGGAGCGCCGGGAGCUGCUGGACGGACGUCCAGGACCCGUCCAUGUACCUACCCUAGCUUGCCGGUCUAGCUAGUUAUUACCUACCGCGAUCCCCUAGAUUAAGCCGUGGUGAAUUGUUUCCUUCCUAACGACGACACGGCCAUCCGCAAGUUGCGUCUAGCUACUACCCCAUCUCCAUGCUCCACUGCCUCUCCCUCCCGCCCUCUCUCGCUGUAACUUUCUUCUUCCUCCUCGUCUUCCUUGAUUUGGCUGCACAGGCCGCGUGUAAGAAAGCUAACCUCUGCGUGUGUCGUGUCCUCACUCCCCGAGUGGAUCAUUGUCGUCGCUGCUGCAAUGGAAUUAAUCGCAAUAUUAAUUUCUUUUUUUCUCA